AUGCCUCCAGCCAAAUCCCCUAAUAGGGCUAGAGGAGGCAAGCAGAAAGCAGUGACAGGAAAGACAGACAAAAAAGAACCAGUUCCAUCCAAAAAAGGAGCAAAGACUGAAUCUCAAAUACUCUCAAAUAAUAAUGAAAGUGGGAAAGGAAAAGGCGGUAAAUUUGUAAAGAAGGAAGAGGCAGCUGGGAAAGGGAUAAACAAAAAAGAUGAGGAGAAGAAAACUGUGAAUAGUGAGCAAACCGAGGAACCACAAGAGGAAGAGAUAGAGACCUCCAGGCAAAUAGCCAAAGCACGAAAGCAAAAUGGCAAAGUCUUACCUGCUAAGGUGACUAAUGGCAAUACGGGUAGAGGGAGAGCUGGGAAAGCUGUCAAAUCAAAACCUGACCAGAAGAAAAAUCCAACCAAAACUCCUGCAAAAGUUGCGAGAAGGAGAGGUGCGAAAGUAGUAGAUACAGAAUCGGAGAGCGAGAAAGCAGAGAGCUCAGAACAAGAGAGUGAUAAAGAAGAACGAAAGGAUGACAAGAAGGAGGGGUCAGAUUGCGUGGAGGACACAGCUGAGACAGACGCAAGUGUAUUAAGUGGUGAAGAAGAACUGUCAGAUGUAGGCAAAAAAACAGAAAGGGAGGAAGAAGAUGAUGUAGGCCAAAAAACCGAAGGCGAGGAAGAAGAAGAGAAGAAGAAAAGUGAGACCGAGGACAAUCCUGAUGUGCCUUCUGAAAGUGGCAUCAAAGAAGAACCUGAGAAGGAACCUGUUAGCAGUGCAGAAGAAGUAGACUCUGAGGAGGUGCUGAGCGAUACAGGGCAAAAGAGCACACCCCGUUUGUCAAAGAAACCAGCACCGCUAAACCUGACAGUUCACCUCCAAGGGCAGAAAAAGAUGUUAAAAUCCAAGAUACUACAAAAGAAGGGAACUUCUAGAGAAGAAGAGCCUAAAGAUGAUUCUGGGCCCUCAAAAGGAGUCCAUAUUAAAGGAAUGGCUCUCUCGAAAGGUGGCGCUGCGAAAGGUAAGUCUCAAAUUCUACAACUGGCAAGUAAAACAAAGGCAAUGGAAGGUAAUCAGCAGGCUCAAGAUCAGGCAGCAAGCUCAACAAAAGGCCCGAAAGGUUUGCUAAACAGACCGUCUCGUAUGCUGUUUUCAAUGAAAGGCAAAGGAAAAGAUGAUAAAAGCAAGAACGGCAAAGAGCAACCUCCUAAAGAUACUGUAGAUGUUGUCGAAGAGCCAAAUCAAGAGUUAUGUGAGAAAAUAGUGGCGGACGCAGUUGAGCCUGAACCUGAAGAAGAGAUGCCCUCAAAGUCAACAGAGCGCUUAUUAGCCCGGAAAAGAGGCAUGACGACAUUGCGUCGUGUCUCAGGAUGGAUUCAAAAGAAGAUGCCGAAGGGCAUCCACGUUCGUAGAAAAUUAUCAGCGGUCACUCAAGCGAUUGGGAUCUCAAAAUGGCUCCCUGCUUUGGUAGUGAAGAAGAGGAACAGCAGCACCAAGUCCAAGAAGAGUCUUAUCCGACAAAAGAUGGUUAUGAAAAUGGCAAAAUCAAAGAAGGAAAUAUCAACCUCAAAGGAUUCCAAGACGGAUGAGGAUACUACAGUUCAUGACUCUGAUGAACCUUGUUCAUCUCCACAGGAAGUGGAGGAAAAGGCCAAUUCAGGAGAUGCUAAAUAUGCAAUUGUUUUCCCGAGGAUGAACAAAAUUGGCAAGGCUAAUGAAGCCACCAUUCCAUCUACGAGCACCAGCACAGAAAAUGCAGGCACAACAGAGCGUAAACCACCAAAGCCUGGUGCUCGCCUGGUUCUUCCAGUCAAGCCAGACCUUAGCCUACUAAAGUCCAUUAAGAAAAACACUCAGGAGAGUAAAAGUGAUAAGAAUGGUAGCCCAAACUCUCAAGUGAUUGAGGAGCAGCCUGAGGUUAAAGCAGACAAGAAAGAGCCAACAUCAGGCAUCAAAGAAGGUACAAGUAUACUACAAGCCGCGAAGGGAAAACUUGGGGGAUCACAAGUGAACAUCACCAAGUUGUCUAUAUCUAAACCUUUGCUGAAUGGUAUAAGUUCAGGACAGAGCAGAGAAGUGGAGAGAAACCUAAGGAAUACGGAUGUACCAGCAGAACCUGAGACAUGGAGGAAUGUAGCCAUGCAGCCUUCUUAUGAAGAAGAUGCAGACCGAGAAGUGGCAGAACUGAUGGGUGAGGGUCUUUUGCCCUCCGAUGUGGACCUACACUGGGCUCAGACUCAACAAAUGAGUGGUGAUCCUCAAGACUGGCUACGUUCAGAAAACCUUCUGCCCCAUCAAACGGUGGAGAAGCUUACCAAAUGGACGGUGUAUCAAGAUGAUGAACAUCCCCACAUCAUUCCAGUCCAUAAUGGCAGGGGCCCAUGGGAAUCUGAAGAUCCAACCCAAAAUAUGCUAGAGGAGAGACUUAACAGCACACAGGUAAUGAUGCCAGGAAGCAGCCAAGCUGUGGAGGUGGAUGAGGUGGAAGAUUUGGCACAGCUGGAAGAGGUGUGUGAAAGUUCCGUUCUGCUGAAUUUGAAGAAGCGGUUUCAUCGAGAUUCAAUUUAUACAUAUAUUGGCGAUAUGCUCCUGUCCAUCAACCCCUUCAAGCCUCUCAGCAUCUACACUGAGGAUCUGAGACAGCAGUACCAGGGUAAAGAGAAGCACAAUAAUCCACCCCAUAUAUAUGCCAUAGCAGAUGCUGCCUUUUGCCAAUCUCAGAAUACCACCCAGGAGCACUGCAUCAUCAUAAAUGGACAAAGUGGAUCAGGCAAGACAGAAGCUGCCAAGCUCAUUGUCCAUUACCUAAGUUCCAUGUAUCAGGGCAGAAAUGAUAAAUUACGUCAGCCAAUGGAUGUUUUACCCAUUCUUGAGAGCUUUGGUAAUGCCAAAACCAUACUGAACAACAACUCUAGCCGGUUUGGAAAGUACCUGCACAUCCACAUAUGCCAUGGUGUUGUUGUCGGGACGUCUUUGUCAAAAUAUCUUCUUGAAAAAUCAAGAAUUGUCUUCCAGGCUAAGGAGGAGAGAAACUACCAUGUGUUUUAUGAACUGUUGGCUGGAAUGAAUGAUUGGGACAAGCAGGAUCUUUACCUGCAAGUAGCUGAAACUUACUUCUACCUCAACCAGGGCAGGGCUUGUGAGCUACAAGGGAAGAAUGACAAGCAAGACUUCCUGCUUUUAGUCCACUGCUUAGAGACCAUUGGUUUACAUGCAGAUCAGCUUGCAAACAUAUGGGCCAUUCUGUCAUCGAUCCUGCAGCUGGGCAACAUUUGCUUCAGCUCUUAUGAGAGUGACUCGUUUGAGGUCGCCCGUAUUUUUAGUGAAGCCGAAGCUCGGAGAGUGGGAAACCUCUUGCAGGUGUCUGCCGAGGCGUUACAGACGGUCAUUACGCACCGGGUGACUGAAACAACUUAUGAUAGGAUCUACUGCCCUCUAUCUGUGGAAAGUGCCAUUGAAUCCAGAGAUGCCAUUGCCAAGAUGCUAUACUCUGUGCUGUUUGACUGGAUUCUCGAACGCAUCAAUGAAUGGUUGAUCCCGACAGAGAUGGACAGCACUGUUGGAAUUGUGGAUAUAUACGGCUUUGAGGACCUGAGUGUGAACAGUUUUGAGCAGCUGUGCAUAAACUUUGCCAACGAGCAGCUGCAACAGUUUGUGAACAAAGCCCUGGUUGCCCAAGAGCAGGAGGAAUACAGUGCAGAGCAAAUCCAGUGGUAUCCGAUAAUUUUGGAAGACUCUAAUGGCUGUCUGGAUCUCAUCUCAGCACGGCCGUACGGGAUUCUUCGCAUCCUGGACGACCAGACUUGCCUUCCUCAAGCUACAGACCACACAUUCUUGCAGAAAUGUCACUAUCACCAUGGCAACAGUCCCUACUACACCAAGCCCAAAAUUCCCCUGCCAGUGUUCACAAUAUAUCACUAUGCAGGGGCUGUCACGUACCAGGUCCACAACUUUUUAAAUAAAAAUCACGAUCAGUUUCGCCCAGAAGUAUUAGAGCUUUUUGCCCGCAGUCGUUUACAGAUGGUGUCGGGUCUCUUCCGGAAGGUUCAGGAGCGUUACGUCCAACAGAAAGAGCUGGGAAGAGCAAGGGGUUACCGAAACCAGACGUCAACUGUAGCUGCUCAUUUCCAGCAGUCACUUACAGAGCUCACCACUCGUUUGGAGAGGUGUAAAACUACAUUUAUACGAUGCUUUAAGCCAAACUAUGUUAAGCUUCCAGGCAUAUUUGAUGUUGACUACAUAACCACACAGCUAAGGCAUGGAGGGAUACUGGAGACCAUUCACAUACGAAAAGAAGGAUUUCCUAUUCGCCUCCCUUUUGCGCUGUUCAUGGAGAGAUAUGGUGUAUUAUUGGCCCAGAGACCUCCAAACCAGUCUUGUAAAGAGCAAGUAGUGACUUUACUGGAGACUAUAGGAGCAGAGGAAGGCCAGUACCAACUAGGACUCACUAAAGUGUUUAUGAAGGAGAGUCUGUACCACCGGGUGGAGGAUAAAUGGAGCAGCACCCAAACAUGGGCAGCAGUCACCAUCCAGAGGAACAUUCGCGGCUUCAUCUGCCGAAGAAACUUCCGUUUCUUUAAACAGAAAGCUAUUGUAAUCCAGUCCCACAUCAGGGGCCACCAGGCCCGGAAGUACUACAAGAAACUAAAACAGUCAUUCACUCAGUUCUGGGCCGCUAUGAUGAUCACCAGAGACACCAUCAAGAGACGUCACUGGAGGUUUGAUCAGGAGCAUACUGAUAGAACCACAGUGAAGGAAGCCGCAAAACCUACAUCUUCCUCUUCAGAGAUGGAUGUGGGAGUAUUGGAGAUCCCGGCAGAAUUGUCGGCCCGAUUACGCAGUGCAGCAGGACGUCCUCAAGGAUCAGGAGUAUCAGAAGUAGCUUUGCCACAGAUCAAAGCAGACCACAGCCUUUCGUUGCCCCAAGACAUUGACAGACACCCUUUCUCCCAUUAUGCCAACACAGUCCUAAGGGACGGAUGGUGCCAACCACAGGGUUUCCCGCUUCAAAAGCCUUUGACAUCUCUAGAUCCCGAUGAUGCCCGCACGGCUCUUGAAAUCUACAAACUGAUCUUGCGUUUCACAGGUGACUCAGAUCUAACAGGAUGGGAAGAGCAGAUGUUGGGGAACUACAUUGUGGAGAAAAGCCAAUUACGGCCCAGCAUUAGAGACGAGAUUCUAGCUCAACUGGUGUACCGCACUUGGGAUGGGGAUAAUGAGGAGAGUGCCCUGCGUGGCUGGUUGCUCCUGGCCUGCUGUCUGAGUGCCUUCACACCCUCUCCUGCCCUGGAGAAACCCCUGCUUAAGUAUGUGUCUGACCGGGGUCCAGGGGAGUACCGCUCUCUGUGCCAGCACAAGCUUCUCACAUCCCUCCAGCUCCCCUCCCCUGCCUGCAGACAACAUCCUCCAAGUCAACUCGAGUGGACAGCCAAUCAGAGGAAAGGAAAAAUGGUGGUGGAGGUCAACACUUUCAAUGAGGAAAGGUUAACAGUGGAAGUGGAGUCUUGGACCACAGGGGAACAACUGGCCUCUUGGCUUCUUAGCUAUAGGGGUCUGAAAGAAGCGACACGUGGCUGGUCUGUGUCUCUGCUGGCUGGUGAGGGCUGGACCGACCUGGCUGGUUGUGACUUUGUAAUGGAUCUCUUGGCUGGAGUGGAGGCUGAUGUGCCCAUAGGUCACCCACCCGCUCAAAACGAUUACCUCUUUAACAACAUAGGCGACCGGAUGGCAACUACAGACCUGGAUGACUUUAUACCUCCUGCUCCCUCGAUGCAAGCCCCUGGUCUCCCACCCUUUGAAACAUUCCCAUGGGACACCUAUGAACCGUCUUCCAUAUCCCAGGGAUCUCGAGGUCGACAGAUGGAUACUUACGUUGAUGACCUCUUUGAUCCGGUGUUUGAUCAGGGUCCUCCGGACUUUGAACGGACAUCCAUGCUGAAUCGCAGAAUGAGAGGAGGCGGAGGUAUGAUGCCCAGCAUGUACACUGGAGCAGGAAUGCCAAUGAAUCCUGCCAUGGCUGGCUAUGCUGCACCAAUGAUGCCAAACAUGAUGCCGGCUGCUAUGCCCAUGAUGCAACCCAUGCAGCCCAUGCAACCCAUGCAACCCAUGCAAUCUAUGAUGAUGCCAACUGCCAUGCCACAAGCCAUGCCUGCUGCAACACCAGCUGUCAGCACACAGCAAAUGGCUGCUCAACAACAGGCCUUUAUCAAUCAACAGGCUCUGCUUCUGGCUCAGCAGAUGACCAUGCAGGCAAUGACACUGUCCCAGAAGCAGCAGCAGGAAGAGUUGCGAAAACGUGAGAAGGAGACACAAAGACAGUCAACGAGACAUUCACCACCACGUCAGCGGCGGCGCUCUCCUCCACGUGCACGUUCACCUUCACGCUCACGCUCACCCUCACCGAAACCCCGAAGCCGCCCCAGGGAAGAAAAACCCAUCCCUCAGCCCCCCGAAAAACCCCCAGAGACCCUUCCAAAGCCCCGUAGCCCAGUGGCACAGCUAGAAACAGAGGCAGAGGUGGAUCUCAAGGCCCCAGAAGACCAAGGGUCCUUUCAAGAGAAGAGGGAUUUUUUUCAAAAGAUAGGUAAGGGAGAAGCACGUCCAAAGCCUGCGCCAAAGGUUGCUAAGCCACUGAUAUAUGCCACUCCAGCGCCGCCGGCCCAACCCAAAUCACCUCCACCAGUAAAGACUGAAGUGAAACCAAUCCCAGAGCCACCUAACAUCAAUGAAGCACCAAAACCUCAACCAGAACCUAAACCACAAUCUAAACCUGCAUCUCCAAAACCUGCAUCUCCAAAACCUGCAUCUCCAAAACCCACAUCUCCUAAGCCAGAGCCUACUAGUAAAAUUAGAGAGAUCAUCAAGCAGUACCAGAGCCGGCCCUCUCCAGAACCGAAAGCCUUCGAGCCUGUCAGGGUUCCGGCCAAGCAAUUUGUAAAGAAAAAUGACCCCAAAGCAGAGGCACUGGCCAUUCUCAAAGCUCAAGGACCUGUCUCUAAUCAGAAGAAACAAUGGGAACAUAAGCCUCCUUCACCUCCUCCGCUCCCUGAGUCCCGUGGCCCUCGUCCCAUUUCUAGCGAUAUGAAGCAGAAGCAGCGUUCACUAGCUGAUCUCUUUGGCUCGCAGCGUUCGCAUGCUCCACCUCCAGCUCGUGAACCCAUCCCUCCUCCACCUCCAAACAUCCCAGACCCACCACCAAUGCCUCCUCCUCCACCUGAUCAGUUCAACAAGAUGGCUGAGGAGGAGAGUGUUCGCUCCCAGUUGCACAGAUUCUCUGCCAGCGUUUACUUUUCCAACCCGAGGAUGCCUGGCAGACUCUACCUGCGCAAGGAGCUGUUUUAUCCCAGGGAAAAAUUCAACCACCCAUACAUCCUUAAUUUACUCUGUGAGCAGAUCGUGCGAGACACUUACUCGGAUUCUUGUCUGAAGAUUUCACGUGAAGAAAGGCGGAAAAUGAAAGAUCUUUUGGCGACCUUCCAUAUCACAACCAAUAUCAGUUCACUAGAUGAUACCAUGAAGAAAAGAAUUGUCAUGGCAGCAAGAGACAACUGGUCCAAUUACUUUUCACGUCUCUUUAAUGUGAAGGCGGGGAAUGGAGGAGAUGCUCAGAUUCUGGGAGUGUCUCAUAGAGGAAUCAGACUGCUGAAGGUGGCCAGAGCUUCAGGCAUAAACCCCAAACACCUCAGACUGCUCCACAACUACAGUUAUUCACAGGUUUUGUCAGUACAGCAACAAGGGGCUGAAAAAGUUGUGAUCAUUUUGAGCAAUGAGGAGCUGGAACUUUACUCUCAACACGCACCACACAUCGCAGCUGUGAUUCAACUCUUCCUCAUGGAGCUGAUUACGAACUCAGACUAUGUGAUCGCUGUGAAGAGCUAUGUGACAGAUGACAGAAGCUUGCUGAGCUUACAAAGAGGCGACGUCAUCAAAAUCCUGAACAUGGACGGAAUCAAGGAUGGAUGGAUGUUUGGUUCCAGUGGGGGCCGUUCUGGACUUUUCCCAGUGGACGUCACUCAGCCUUGUGCUCCACCAGACUACCAUAGCAGCAACAUGGAGCGGCAGCUUGAACGGAAAAAGAGUAUGAGACGUACCGGCUCUUCCCCUAACAUCCCAGCCAUCACCAACAUGCCUGUCAACGGCCCCAUCUACAGCAGCUGUCUUGCCCACUCAGUGACUGAGAGUGAAUACAGUCUGGAAACGGAGUCCAUCCAGAGAUCUGAAUCAGUACGUCAACAGCAUAUCCUGGCUGAGUUUGCCAGGAGGUUCUUCACAGAAGCUAUCAGCAGGCCAAACAAUAACAAAAGUCCUAAUGAGAUGGUGGAAUACACUCCAAAUCCCAUUCAGGAGUCACUGAUCCAUUUCUCAGACGCUGAUCUCAGUCGUCUGAGUGUUCAAAACUUCAUGGUUUUGAUGCAGUUUAUGAUGGAUCAGCCUAUGAAGAAAAAUCAGACAGAGAGCAGCUGUGUCAACUCCAUUCUGCAGCUGGGAAAAGAGAAGGAGUUCCUCAGGGAUGAAAUCUACUGUCAGAUCAUCAAGCAGACCACCAAAAACCAUAUCAAGGAGGGCUGCACCCGUGGGUGGCGUUUGUUCAGUCUUGUGACUGGAUUCUUCGCCUGUUCCAACACUCUUCUGCCAUUUUGCACCCGCCACCUGGAGUCCAUCUUUCAGGAUUCCAACCACCCUUUUCAAGAAUUGGCAAACGUGUGCUUGAAGAAUCUCAAACGAUCACUCAGCUUUGGAGGACGCAGGCACAUCCCUUCACAUUCAGAAAUGGAGGCCAUUUUGGCUGGGAGAAACUCUCGUCGGCUGCCCAUCAUGCUGCCUGGUGGAAGUGAAUUUACCUGCAAGAUUCGCAGCUUUAGUGUUGCAUUUGAGGUGGUACAAGAAUUUUGCUCUGAGAUGGGCGUCAUAAAUCCAGCAGAAGUGAAGGAAUACUCCAUCCAUGCCUCUAAGAAAGGUGAUGCCGCACGCCCAAUUCAUGCUGAUGAGUAUCUGUUUGACUUCCUGCUGGAUGAUGGUUCCAUCACGCUCUCCUAUCAUCGAAUAAUUUGGAAACAGCCAUUGCAGUUCAACAAUGACCUUUAUCUGGAGUUCCACUACCAGCUGCUGGUAGCUAAUUACCUAGCAGGGAGGCUGUUGCUGCCCUUGAACAGUCCUACAAUCUACCAGCAGGUGGCAGAGUUGACCGCUCUUCAACACCUUGCACUUGGCCUGAAGGAUAUCCCCACCAACGCUGAGGUAAAGCACUACCUUCCCCAGAUGGAUCGGCUCAACUCCACUGACGAAAGACUUCUUGCUACUAUGCGGUCACAGCUUUCCACCUUAGGCCCCCUCGGCCAUCUUGACGCCAAAGCUCGCUUUAUCAAAAGUGUCAGUCUGCUGCCUUUCUUUGGAUUUGAUGUAUUCACUGCUCAGAAAGCAAGUCAUCGCAGCUGUCCCUCUCCCUCCAUAGUCGCAGUCAACCAUGAAGUUAUCACAGUCCUUGAUCCCAAAACACAGAACUCAUGUUUGACAAUCCCUAUGGACGAUGUGCAGUCAUUGCGUUCAAUCCGUUCCAAAAAAGACAAGAUGCCAUCAGUUGAAAUCACCUUUGGAAGCCAAGCUCAAACCACGACUAUCAGCUUUGGUCUAAAGCAGGCGAAAGAGCUGUGCCACACCAUUGCUGUGAUUAUGGAAGAGGUGGUGAAACCCAUCUACAGCAGCGUGUCCAGUCGGGCCGGAACCCCUUAUUAAACAAGCAACAUAUGGAAUCUUCACCUAUUAUCUCAUGACUUAUUCUAAAGUUCUAAUAUGUUAUAAAAUAUUACAGACAUUAUAUUUAAUAAAACUGUACAAACAUUUAUGUAAGAUCAAAGUUAAUGCCUACCAAAUGUUUAAAUCAUUAUAGCCUGGGCUUUUUAGGGGUGUAAACAUGCAGCGAAGAUAUAUACAGUACAAUUUUCUAUUUAAAAAAAUAUAUAUAUCAUGACAUUUUAAACCGUUUGGAAUGAAUGUUAACGACUUAAUAAGCAUUAAUGUAAUAUUGUAUUUUUUUAACAACUAUGUGUUUAAUUUAGUAUUAUUAUGAGUUGAUACCACCAAAUGGGGAUGAUUUUUGAUUAUAUUUAUUAGAAGCCUGACCUAUUUUGUAUAUGUGUUAUAAUUGUUUAAUUAUUUGUCUCCAAAUAAAAGAACACUGAUUAGUAAUUAUAGAUGUUAAACUAUUAAAGUGUUAGAAAGUGUAAAAUGUCUUCUGAAGUGUAUUUUUAAUUAUUUUUCAAUAAAAAUAACUGGUGUCUGUCCUC